UGUAGCAAUGGUUUUGUUCUGCAAACAUAAAAAGGGCAAGCUUUUGCAAUUUGUUGAAGCUGUUAAACCUCACUAAAGAUGAGAGAAACCUCCAUUUUUCCGCUUCGAAGGAACCAAAAGCUUCGAGUCCAGCAGAGCCUUUCAUUUUCCGGAAAAACAGACACAGGAUAUGGCAAAGAAGAAAGGAAAAAUUUUAACGGAAUCACAAUAACCCUUUGCCUGUUGUACAAAAUAGAAUCCAUUUUCCAACCUUCUUGACCGCCGACAAUGACUGAACUAUCAGACAAUAUAAUUGAGCUUAGAGAGGAACUCAUGGUUUCACCCAUGGGUGACCAUAACCCAACUUCCAGACCAGCCCGUUUUCUAAAACCCUCCGCGGUCUCCAUAAAAGGACCAAUCUUUGAGCUUCCUUCACGCUCUCCCUCUUCCCUACCACCCACUUUCGAACCCUCAAAAUGGCCUCUGAAGGUCAGAUUCAACGGCUGGCGAUACCCGCCAAGAAAAUGGAAAAGUUGGGUCGAUUCCAUGUGUCCUAAGUAUCAAUCUUUGUGGAAGAAAGCCGGCAUAUUUGAAGCUAUAAUGAAUUCUACGUACGAAAUCGACGUGAACCAUGAUAUUGUUAUUGGUAUUGCUGAAAGGUGGUGUUCUAAGACCAACACAUGUAUUUUUCCUUGGGCAGAAGCAACGCUCACGCUGGAGGAUAUAAUGGUUUUGGGAGGUUUCUCAGUUUUAGGAGAAUCUGUUCAUAGCCCCGUCGAAACCCAAGAGUUGAAAGAAAUAGAAGCGAAACUGAUUCAAGCGCGUGUUGAAGCUGGGAGGAGUAAAGCUCGCAAGGCCUGCCCCCAAGUGUGGAUGAAGAUGUUCAUGAAUACUAAGAGAGAAAUCGAGCAUGAAGUAUUUCUUGUUUUCUGGUUGUCAAUAUCAUUUCUCCCCAACUCUAGGUUGAUCAACAAGGAUUUUUUCCCUAUUGCUAUUCAUCUCGCUAAAGGGACUCGAAUCGCGCUUGCCCCUGCAGUUCUUGCUAGCAUUUACAGCGAUUUGAGUCUGUUGAAAGAAGCCAUUGUUGCAUUGGACAAAGACGUGGUCGAAGUAACCUUCCGGUCACCGUAUCAUUUAGUUCAGCUUUGGGCGUGGGAGAGAUUUAGAUCAUUGCAGCCAAAGCCAAAUCAGCUCAUAUAUGGUGACCCGGUAUUUGCUCGCUGGCAUAAAGUCAGAAGUGUGGAAGUUAAGAAUGUGAGGUCGGCUCUAGACUCGGCUAGGGAAAGUUUUCUUUGGCGUCCUUACGUUUCAUAUACAUUCAAUUUGAAUUCUCGAAAACUUUAUGGAGAAAAGGAUAUCUGGGUACCGGUUAAUACUAAAUUGGAUGAAGAAAUGGAGGCAUUGGUUAGAUAUUUUAGGGUCUCCGAGCUGGUUGGGCUUGGCUGUAUAGAACAUUACUUCCCACACCGUGUUGCAAUGCAAUUUGGAAUGGAUCAAGAUCUCCCGGGCUGUGUUGCUCAAUGCAGUAAGGAUCAUAAAAUUGCCUGGAACAAUUAUAGUAAGCGCCCGAGUGAUGCGAAAUUGUAUGUUCCAUCCUGCCUUUCUAAGGGUGAGGUUACCACUCGUUACUUGAACUGGUGGAAACAAUCAAUAUUAGGUCAGGCAGUAUGGGCUCCAACGGGUAAAGAUGGUGAUGUUUUGCUUGGUUUCUCUCCCAAAUUUAACAAGGUUAAAGCAGAGGACUCUGUUAAUGUAUAUAAACCAACAGUGCCAAAACAAGUAGCACAGGCAUCAAUAGGAAACAAGGGAGAUAAUGAUGCUGAUGUUCCACCUGGUUUCUCGCCCAAACGCAACAAGGUUGAAGUAGAUAAAUCUAUAAAGGAAGAUAAAUCAGCAGGUGGAGAAAUGAGAUCUUAUGGCAUGCAUGACAAUCUAGGUAGAAGAGCAGACGGUGUUGGUGAGCCUUUUUUGGGCCAAUCACAGAGCUUUUCAGUGAUGGAUGGAGCUGUGAAAAAGACGGAGUCAAUGAUGAGAGACGGGGAAAAUAUUAAAGUUGAAGAUGCUGUGAGAGGGUUAGAAAGAGUCAUUGAUGGUCCAGGUGAGAGAAAGGCAGAAAGUCCUGUUUACAACAGGGUGAGCAUCCAUGGUAAGGGAGGAGAAGGUGGCAGCUAUACACAUGAAAUACCUGGACUGGAACUUGAAGCUCGGAUUACUGAGCUUGAGAGAGUGAUUGCUGAGCUAAAAGCGGCUAGGUCUAGCUAGCUACAGGUUUGAGGAAAUACCAACCAAACAAAGCUGGUCUGCUCCAUUGCUCUACAAUGAAACUGCUUUGCCUCAGUUAUAUGUCCUAUUUGCAUUAUACAUGGUUGAAAGCUAAGGAUGAAAUCAAAGCAAGUAUUUUGGUCCUUCUACUUAUAACAGAACCUGUUUCACUAAUUAGAAGCCUCUGGCAGUGAUUUAGUGCUUUAGUCUUUAUACCUCUGGAGAAUGAUGUGCAAGUCGUCACUGCAUAUUUUCUGCAGUUUGUUUGCUGAUAUCUGUUCGGUAGAUCAAAACAGAAGUAACUAUCACAAAAACGAGACUGCGGGGGCAUAAAGAAGUACGAGGGAGGGAAAAACAAGAUAAGUCAAUUUUCUGUUUCUUCGCUGUUUUUGGAACACUAACGGUAAACAGCACCAUGAUGUCAGAUCAGACAGACAUUGAACAUCAU